CAAUACUAAUGAGAUUGUGUAGUCGUGUACUGUCGUGUAUCCAGUGGAUCCAGUGCUGUGGUGUUUUGAGAAUAAUAAAUUUUACUGUCCGCUGAUAGUUUAGGACAAAUAAUGUCACUACAUUGGCGAUGAAAAUCUAUAACUUUUAAUAAACUCUGUUAUUAAUUUUAUCUUAAAUUUAAGAUAAUAUAAUUUUUUGAUUUAUAAUAUGGAAGCUGAUUAUCAACCAUCAUUAAGUCCAGCUAGAGCUUUGACAGGAAAUGACACAGAGGAUCCAUAUCCAAGUUUAUCUGAUUACCAUGACUAUGAACCAAAUCUAGAGUUUGAUGAUACUGAACUUCAAACAACUACCAAUAAUGUAUCGCAACUUUUGGAAGAAAAACUUGAUCUGAGUACGGCUGGAUCAGGAAUUGUCGAUUAUUUAGAGAGUCCUGUAAGUGAUGGAACCAUAGAAGAAAAUUUUGAAGAAGCUUUAGUCGAUGCUCCAGUAAUUAAAAAUGCUGAGGAUCUUGCAGCACUUGAAGGUGAACUUGCUGAUGAAGAAGAUUACAAUGAUAUCGCACGUCUUGGUAUUGUUGAAGUAGUUGGUGAUGAUAGCGCUGGGCGUAAAGUUAUUGUUGUAUCAGCUUGUAAACUUCCUACCGUUGGAAAAGAAGUAUUUAAUCAUGCGAAACUUUUGCGAUAUUUAACACAUACUCUGGAUACUUUUGUAGAACAAGAUUACAGUUUAGUAUAUUUUCACUACGGUCUUACGUCGAAAAAUAAACCACCAUUGACAUGGUUAUGGCAAGCUUACAAGGCAUUUGAUAGAAAAUAUAAAAAAAACUUGAAAGCAUUGUAUUUAGUACAUCCUACAAAUUUUAUUCGAAUAGUUUGGCAGAUUUUUAAGCCAGCUAUUAGCGCAAAGUUUGGUAGAAAAAUGAUGUAUGUAAAUUAUUUGGAUGAAUUAGCGCAACAUAUUAAUCUUGAUCAAUUAAUAAUCCCUCAACAAGUAAUAGAUCAUGAUGAACAAUUGAUGCUUAAAACGAGAAAACAUUUACCAACAAGCCCUCCUCCAAGUUCUGUGGCAACUCCCAUUGCAACGACACAAUUUGGAGCAAGUCUUCAAUUUAUAAAAGAAAAUAAUGGAGGAGAUCCAAUUCCGCCGAUUGUCAAACAAUGCGUGGAAUUUCUUGACACUCCAGACGCAUUGGAAACUGAAGGAAUAUUUAGAAGAUCAGCAAAUGUUGCAGUAGUUAAAGAACUUCAAAGUCGUUGUAAUCAUGGGCUACCAAUUGAUUUUCAUGGAGAUCCUCAUAUUGCAGCUGUUCUUUUAAAAACAUUUCUUCGUGAGUUAGAUGAACCUCUUAUGACUUAUGAGCUCUACGACGAAAUUACGCAAUUUCAGACUUUAUCGAAGGAUGAACGACCACGAAAAGUUAAAAUUUUAGUUUUAGAAAAAUUACCUGAAGAUAAUUAUCAACUUCUCAAAUAUAUAGUACAGUUUUUAUCGAGGGUAAUGGAUAGAUGUGAUUUAAAUAAAAUGACGUCAAGCAAUUUAGCUGUAGUUUUCGGGCCAAAUUUAGUUCGAGCUCCGUCUUCUGUCGGCAUGUCACUUUCAGCGAUAGGACCAAUAAAUCAGUUUAUAGACUUUCUAUUUGCUUAUCAAGACAAAAUAUUUAUUAUUUAAAAAUAAUUAAAUUUUAACUUUUUUUUUUUUAA